AUGAAGACAUUGUUGUGGAUUACAACGACGCUUCUCAUCCUGCACGUGUCAAAUUCAUACAUUCUCCUCACUGCCAACAUGGAGGAUGUACACUCACUAGCCACACAGUUGGCUUCAUCGCCAGUCGUCGACCAGAUCAGCAAAAUAUGGCGACGCGCUUCUGACCAGUUUCGGAGGGAAAUCAAUCGUGAUACAAGAAGACGUGGAGAUAGCAGUGACAAAGAAGAUUUGAGCGAAGAUGAAGACGCUACAAGAAAAAUUGUAAAGAAUAUCAUCGAAUUUGGGAAGAAAAAUGGUUACCUCGGCCCUAUCAAACGCGCCUUUGAGGCCAUUGAUCCGAAAUGAAGAUUCGUUCAAAAAAUAAACCUGAUUAAAUAUUAUAUAUGAUAUAUAUGAUUAUCUGAUAUAUAAUAUAU